AUGUCCGCCCCAACCCAAUCCCAACAAAUCAAACAAAACUUCCUUAACCACCCAUACACCCAACAAGCUUCCAGAUUCGCUACUGGUCAAGUCAACGCUCUCGAUGCCGAGCUCAACCGAUACCCCCUCUUGAGAAACCUCGAACAACAAACCAAAGUACCUAAAGCUUACGGUGUAUUGGCCUUGGCUGCUUCCGCCGUCGUUUUGAUCUUCUUCAACAUGUUCGGACUCGCUCAACCCGUUUCCAACCUUAUCGGUUGGGCUCUCCCAGCUUAUUUGUCCAUCCAAGCUAUCGAAUCCCCCCAAUCAAACGAUGACAAACAAUGGUUGACCUACUGGGUCGUCUUUGGUUCUCUCAACCUCGCUGAAUCUCUCGGUGUUAGAGCUAUCCUCUACUGGGUUCCUAUGUACUUUGUCUUCAAGACUUUGUUCACCAUCUGGCUCAUGCUCCCCGCUACCCGAGGUGCCGAGACCUUGUACUACCACGUCCUUCGACCCGUCAUCGGCAACGUCAAGCAAAAAUCCCAACAAACCACUGGUCAAACCAACCCUUUCGCCAAGGAAUCUGCUUCUGCUGGAUUCAACCCUGCUGGUACCACUGCUCCAUCCAGCUUUGAGCGUGAGUAG